AUGGCGUCGCAACACAGCGCUGACGGUCAGUACGAUGAUCCAGAGCGCAAUCCCCAUGCCUCUGCGAGCAGGUGGCGCCAUCAAGAGUCGUCGGCCUUUCGCCGCCAUGCCGGACAAGCACAUCCUCAAGCUCGCGAUCCCGUUUCCACCGAGGGGACGACUGGCGACCUUGCCAAUUUCCUGAAUUCGUCAAGAGUAGAACCGACGGGUGAGACCAACGGCGGCGGAAACUUUCAGCCCAUUACCGUUGCCGCCGCCGUGUCCAACGGAGAGCAACAGCAGCAGCAGGACGGCGCCGAUGCUGAUGAAGGUGGUCGCGGCGAGCUCCCGGCGGAUGGCAAGGAGGUUGUUUGCGGGCCGCUGCUCAACUACCGCCGCAUGGAGCAGAAUCGAUGGUAUGGCAGCGUUCUGGUCGUCACCAAGGGCGGAGGACAGGAUGUUUUAUACCAGCCCAGCUUGGUUUUGCGCCGCGUCGGCGAAGCUGCCAGUGUCGCGUCGCAAAAUGGAGUCAACGGCGCGGUUGGCCAAGAUGCCAAUGCUGUCGCCGCCGCCCAGGGAACCCAAUUCGAAGGCCAGCGCCUUUACUCUGACCCAAGAAACACAUUCUGGGUCUUUACCAUUGACGUCCCCAUCGAAGCCCGCGAGGUCAAGUACGAGUACGAAAUUCCCGAUGUGCGCUACUCUCGUGAACACAAGCCCCGAGUCAAUAGCUUCUUCAUACCGGCAGCCGACGAGUCCAUGCGCGUCAUGUUCCACUCGUGCAACGGAUUCAGCGUCGGCACUGACGAGGAGGCCUUUAGCGGUGCACCCCUGUGGAAGGACGUCUUGCGAAAGCAUGAGCGAAUACCAUUCCACGUCAUGUUGGGUGGCGGCGAUCAAAUCUACAAUGAUGGCAUCAGGGUCAACGGCCCUCUCCGUCAGUGGACCGACAUUCGCAACCCCAAGAAGCGGGCAGAAUUUCCAUUCCCAGAGAGUCUGCGAGCAGAGUGCGACGACUACUACCUGAAGAACUACAUUCGAUGGUACAACUCGGCGCCUUUUGCUCUGGCUAAUGGCCAGAUUCCGCAGGUGAACAUUUGGGAUGACCAUGAUAUUAUUGACGGCUUCGGCUCAUAUGUCGACAACUUUAUGCGCUGUGACGUGUUUCGCGGCAUCGGCGGCACGGCUCACAAAUAUUAUUUGCUCUUUCAACACCAUCUGCCACCACCGCCGUCGACGUACACCUCUGACCAUGUCGAUGCCAAUGGAGAUAGUCCAGGUCCGGAUCCCAACCAAUUGAUCAAUACCUUUGUCGCGGAGCCAACGCUGGGACAUCAAUACAUUCGCGGCUUGAAGCCUGGGCCGUAUGUGGCUGAGCAUUCGCUCAACAUGUUUACUCGGCUUGGAGCCCGCAUGGCCAUGUUGGGAAUUGAUGCUCGAACUGAACGUACACGCCACCAAGUUAACUAUCCGGAGACGUACAAACUCAUUUUCGAGAGGCUUCGAAAGGAAUUGGCCGACGCUGUCAGUUCUGGGCGUCCCAUCAAGCAUUUGAUUUUACUGCUCGGUAUUCCCAUUGCGUAUCCGCGUCUGACAUGGCUGGAAAACAUUCUUCGAAGCCCCAUCAUUGGGCCCAUCAAGUUCCUUCAUCGUCGGUUUGGUGUCGGUGGCGGUCUUUUCAACCAGUUUGACGGCAGUGUCGAUCUUCUUGACGACUUGGACGACCACUACACCGCAAAGACGCACAAAACCGAGCGCCGAAACCUCGUCGAGGGCCUACAAAAGAUUGCCGCGGAAUUCUCCGUCAGAAUCACGAUUCUCGGCGGCGACGUGCACCUGGCGGCUCUAGGACGUUUCUACUCCAACCCCAAGCUCAAGCUGCCGGUCGAAAAGGACAAUCGCUACAUGGCCAAUGUCGUCUCAUCAGCCAUUGUGAAUAAGCCUCCUCCACAGGCGGUUGCCAACCUCCUCGCUCGACGAAACAAGAUUCAUCAUCUCAACGGACAGACGGACGAGACCCUCCUGGACUUUUUCAACAAGGACCCUGGCGAAUCGACCAAGACGGCUGACCACAACCACUGCACCAUGCCCAGCCGAAAUUUCGCCAUGCUGACCGAAAACUCGCCCAACAAUGCUGCAACGAGCACGAACGGCGAAGCGUCAGUAGAUGGGUUAGCCCACGAGGCGACAACAUCAUUCAUUGGCAGGGAUGGCCACUCGGAGAUGCAUCGUGGCGAGGUUCAUGCCGGAACCAAGCACAAGUCGGCGUCUGAUGGACAUGGUCGAGGCAACGAUGGCAGUCUAGAUAUUCGCAUCAACGUCGAGAUUGACCAACACAGCGCCGAGGGUGAAACGGAGGCGUACGGAUUGACUGUUCCCUUGCUGCAGUAUGAAAAACCCGCGACACCAGGCUCAAGGCCUGUCACUGGACGGUCAACACAGGCGAAUUCUGAGGUUGCGACAUCACAAUAG